AUGGCCAGCACAACAAAUGCCAGCAGCAGCAAUGCAAGAAAGAACAGUAUGGUAUGCUGCUCGUCUUCUUCAGGAUUACCGCAGCCGAUCGCUAUGCCACGGAGAUGGGGAAGCCUACCACCUUAUAUGGAUUGGAGGCUUUGGGGAAACCUUCCAGAUGAUCUAGUCGAGAGGGUCCUUGCUUGGCUCCCCAUACCUUCUUUCUUCCGCUUACGGUCCGUUUCCAGGCGAUGGCGGUCAAUCAUGUAUUCGAAAGGCUUCAUGGAAAUGUGUGCCGACGUGCCACCGAGGGGUUUGUUCUUCCUAAAAGUUGCCAGGUGCCGAUGUAGAAUGGUAGCUGCAUACUACCCCUCUGGGAACAAGUGGUUGAAUAUCCCGAUUGGUUUUCUGCCCUCUCAAGUCAGCGUUCCUGCAGCUUCUUCCAAAGGACUUAUGUGUUUUAUAGCUACUCAGUAUACUGAUGGAUAUAGCGUUCUACUCGUUUGCAAUCCAUUGACCAGGUGCUGGAAGGCACUACCACCUAUGACAACGCGUAGGUACCCUUUUGUGGUAGCCCUGGUCACUGACAGGAAGCUAAGUGCUUACAAAGUUAUUGUUGCGGGAGACUAUAAUUCCUUUGAUAAUAGGCGGACCACGGAGGUUUAUGACUCUGUUACCUCGACAUGGAAACAAUCUGGCCCUCUUCCACGAGAAGAGGAGAUUACAAAAAACAUAGUCGCCUGCAAUGGUUAUUUAUUUUGCUUAAGCCGAGGACCUGGGAAUGGCUUGCUAGCGUACAGCUUGCAGCAGGAAAUCUGGAUUAAAGUUCGAACAGGCAGAAUGCCAGGAUACUCUAAGUUUCGGCAUCUGGUCGAGUGCAAUGGAAGAAUCAUUAUUGUCGGAAAGGCGUUAAGAAGGCAGGUCCUCGGACUUUAUAUAUGGCACCUGGACCCGCCCACAAUGAAGUGGAAGGAGCUGGCAAAAAUGCCCCAGCCACUUUCCGAACAAUUUUUUCGGACGCAGUCGGAGUGCUUCUUUUGCAGCGCCCUUGGAGACCAGAUAUUCAUCAGCAGAUUUUUCUGCGACAUAGGACUAUUAUACAAUAUCAGUCAUGACACAUGGCAAUGGAUCCCGGAUUGCCCCAAGAUAGCGAAUCCAUUCAUUCUCACCUUGGAACCAGGUUUCGAUGCAGUUUACUAA